AAGUUUCAAGUUGCUGCCCAGGCACUCCACCACCACCAAAAUACCUUUCAUCGCGAAAAUGGGUCAGAAACAAUCCUCAUCACAGGUUGUAGUGAAGGUGGAAUAGGUGACGCUCUCGCGAAAACCUUCCACAAGAAGUCCCUUAGAGUUUUCGCCAGCGCUCUGAAUACCGCCAAAGUCCAACAUCUAAAGGACAUGGGUCUCGAAAUUGUACAGCUCGAUGUUACUGACAAAGAGUCAAUCAAAAAAGCAGUGUCAACCGUGAAGGCUGCGACCGGUGGAUAUUUGGAUAUCCCGGUCAACAACUCGAGCGCAGGAAGUUACAGCAUGUCUCUACUGGACUUGGAUGUCUCAGUUGCCAAAAAUAUGUUUAAUGUCAACGUCUUUGCUGUCGUCACCGUGACUCAAGCAUUUGCACCACCUGAGAUCGCCUCGAAAGGAACAUUCAUCAAACAUCGGGUCGGUGGUAGGCAAAAUGCCAUUCCCAUGGCAUGGAUAUUACAACGCAAGCAAAGCUGCAGUUGCUAUUAUGACUGA